AUGGAAGUCACCUCUCGCCCUCAGUUGUUGGUCUGUGUGUACCUGGCGGCCGUGCUGAUUGGAGUAGCCCACUCCGAGGGGUUGUGUCUUCAAGACGGCAAACACAAGGCCUCCCCUGGCCCGGAGCCUCACCUGAGGGACUGCGCCCUGUAUACCGACAACAGCUGCUGCACGGAAGACAACAUCCAGGACGUCUCCCACGUCCCCGCCGCCGGCAACGAGAAUCAACCCUGGGACAAGUGCGGACCCCUGAGCUCCGAGUGUGAAGGUUUCCUGAAGCGCGUGUCCUGCUUCUACCGCUGCUCCCCCGACGCCGCCCGCUGGCCUCACCCCCACCGCCGCUCCUACAUCCAGGCCGUGCCGCUCUGCCACAGCUUCUGCCGUGAUUGGUUUGACGCCUGCAGGAUGGACAUGACCUGCGCUCGUAACUGGGCCAGAGACCCCCGGGGACAGAACUGCACUGGAUCCUGUGUCCAGUAUCAGCAGAUGUACCAGCACGGCAGGGAUCUGUGCGAGAGCCUGUGGGGCGACGCCUUCAUGGCGGUUGAGGACGACCAAGAGGACGUGGCAGAGGCCGGAGAUGUGGGGGGGGACGGCGGUCGCCCCUGCGGCUGCCUGACCCUCAGCCCGUCAGACAAGGACGUGAUCGCCGCCCUCAGGGCUCAGAGGGACGACCCCGAGGAGCUGGACACCACCAAGACGGGCCUGCCGCAGUACCGCGCCCCCUGCCAGACCAAGCUGCCACUGCAGGCCAGGGGCGGCAGGAAGGGGAACUCCGUGCUGCGUAAGCGCUCGCUGGUCGUGGACGACGUGGAGGGCAGCGGCAGCGGCUUGUAG